CGUUAACUUGUCGUAACACGCUUUGAUUACGGCAGCUUAAUCGCUUUACGGACUCCAGCGGCAGUGUUUUGAACCACGUAACUGUCCUUGUAAAUAUGCAGCGGACAUAUGUCACGUACUGAAAGCUGCUGCACCAGGUUGAAACAUCAUAAAACCACGCGAUGGCAUCUCGUUUGCUCCAGUUCUCGGUGCUUCUUCAGAAGUACCGGGCUCCACUGCUCAUUUCGAGCUGUGGAGGAGUCUUUGCAGCCAAAAUGUUCUACCAUGCUUUCCCUGACUUAUCCUACCGUCAGCUCUAUCAGGCCUGGUAUAAAGGAGAGCCAGUGGUGCUGUCGGAAAAGCUGGAGAGUAUCUUUCAGCAGGUGCUUAAGGACUUUGGUGUCAACCCACCCAAGACCUUCUCUGCUUUUGCCUCCUUUGGGUUCCACCCAGUCGGUGCUGGAGUUCCGUGGCUUCCUGCCGGGGCCCAAAUCGGCAUCCCGGCCAACUUUAACAGCAGUGCAGACGAUCCGAGCGGAAUAACCAACCGCAACAUCUUCAUCAACGGUAAAACAGUGGACUGGAGCAGCGAGGCCGGCUGUGCUUUGAAGGAGGCGCUGGUGUUCUCUCUUGAGGCGCAGAAGUUUGCCAUCGCUCGGGAGGUGGCCCGCUUACAAUCCGGGGGACCUGUCAUGACGGCUACUGUUGCUCCGUUCUGUCUGGGUGGGGUUUGGGUGUACAGCGUGGUGCUAAAACAGGUGUUGGGGCUGCAUGGCGGCCCCGUGCUGAUGCGUGGGGUAGUGAAUGUUUUGGCGCUGGGAAUCGGGGCUGUUUCUUAUUUCCUCUCCUCAGACGCUCUCAGCCAGUGGAUUGACUAUAGCUCAGACCGGCGUGCAGCUAGAGUGUCUCGGGAAUACGCCAGAGGAGGAGUGGAGUUUUAUGAUAAAAUCCUGUCCAGAAACAAGACGCUGCGCUCACUGAUGGGACAGAAGGGUGAGGAGAUGUACGCCCCCAGCGGGAACCUGUUUCCUGCUCAUGUCUUUCAGUUGAAGCACACGCCUUACACCUCCAGGAAAGAGGGCAUCCUCGCUCUGCUGAAAGAGGAGAAAGCAUAAGAGCUUUUACAGAUGUUAGAAAUGUUUAAUAUUUAACUGCAAAGCUGUUACCAGCAGGCAGGUAUUUCUAAUAGAAAUACAUCAUUCUGUAUCUGCUGAAUGUUUUAUUGUUUGCUAUGAAAGUAUACAACUAUUUUAAUUUAAAUAAAGUGGAUGCAGAUGUGUAAUGGCUUGUGUGACUGUUGUCCAAUAAAAAGAUGUGGUUUAUUCUGAAA